GGAACAUCCUAAGUUACCCCGAACAGCGCAACUCAACUCUGUCUACUACCUCCAAAUCCAGCACCGCAAGAGAAUCCAACCACCAAGAUGCCCGCUCCAUCCCCGCUCCCCACCUACCUCUACAAAAUCCUCCCAUCGGCGCCUCCCUCCCCUCUCCCUGCCGUCCUCCCCCUCUCAGAUCUCGACCGUAACGACGGAUAUAUCCAUCUAUCGACCUCCGAACAAGUCCCCGGGACGGCGGAUAAAUUCUUCGGUACCUUCGAUUCGCUGUGGCUUUUGAAGAUCAAGUACGACGUUGUGGCCGGCGGCGUCGACGGCGAGGGAAAUAAGGUGGGAGGGGAGAUCAGAUGGGAGGAGGUGGGGAGGGGUUGCUUUGGGCACUUGUAUGGGAGUUCAUUGGGGGUGGGGAAUGUGGAGAGUGUUGAGAAAGUGGACAGGAGCGGAAGCUGGGUGGAGAGUUUGAAGUUGGAGUACUAGAGGGAGUUUCAUGGGGGUUUUGAGGCGAUGGAAGGGGACGAGGGAAUGAGAGGAUGCGCACGGGUUGGGAACAUAUUGUAAUUCACGAUGGAUAUGUUUCUGUUUAAACGUACAGCUUUUGCUAUCUUAAGGGUAACCAUUACAGAAACUAGACGCUACUUUUAUACACUAUAAGUUCGAGAUCAGACUU